GGGCGACGUAGACAAACAAACACUCACUCGCCACUCCACGCAGCGAAUCUCGCUCCUCGAUCGAUCUCCGCCAUGGACGGAGAAGAAGACUGCGAUCUCCGGCCAGACCAUCACUUCCGAGGCCUCGAGCCGGAAUCCACCGGCGGAGGCACCAGCAUCCACAUCACGGCCCUCGACGGCAUCGUCAACGUCAACUCCCUCUUCACCCUCGCCGUCUUCAUCGGCCUCGCCUGGAACCCGUCCCGCUACCCCGACGGCGGACUCCCUGACUCCGACUGCGUAGCCAGCAACCGCGUCGCCGAGGACCUCGUCUCCUUCCACGUCUUCUCCUUCUCCGCCUUCCUCUUCUCCAGCCUCGUCGCCCUCUGCCUCAAGCAGGCGAUCCGGAUAGUGCGCCCUCACGGGCGCACCGCCAGGGUUAACAAGGCUUUGCUCCGCGGCGGGAUCCUCUCUUCCGCAGUCGGAUCCGUGCUCGGGUGCGGCUUCCUUACCCUCGCCCUCGUCAACAUGGUCCAGAUCAAGCUCGGCCGCCUCGAUUGCAGCGGCGCCGCCGUGGGAGCCAUCGUCCCCAUCGUGACACUCAUACCGAUCGCAAUGCUCAUCUACUCCGGUAUCGUCUUCUACGCCUUCACUCGCAGAUCUCAUCACGGCCGGCGUUAGGGUUCGGAUUCCUCUGUACUCUUGUAAGUAUGCAACUUGGCCACCAAGUUCUCCCAAAUGCUAAUGUAAGAUGCAACAGGGAUGUAUCUUCCAUGCCGAUCGAAUGAGUCCAUGCAUCUAAGUCUGUAGUUUGGAGAAAGUCUCAGGGAACAUGACAGAAGAUGAAAGUCCAUGUCUAGUUAAGGGAAGAGUUUCUACC